GAAAACGCUUGAGGAGCUGAUGGUGGUCCUGGAUUGUCUGGCACGGAAUUAACUCUGCGGAACUCUUCGGCUGAUUCGAUCCCGGUUGAAUACAUCAUGUAUAAUGUGCAACGUCGAGAUGUGGGUUCACAUAAAUAACGAGCCUGUACUUGAUUCGCAAUGCUCUUCUUGAGCUUCCUUCUUCUAUUGCUUCAUCUGGCACAUGCAGCAUCCAUCAUCUCGCGAUCUCAUUCCUAUCCACUCAACUCUCGUUCGAGUACGCUGGGCCCUAAAACCGACCUAAUAAUUGCCAAUAAAGUCAUAGCUCCAGACGGGUUCACGCGUUCGUCAACUCUUGUUGGAGGAACAUUUCCGGGUCCAAUCAUCGCAGCCAAGAAGGGUGACAAAUUUGUGAUCAACGUUGUGAACCAACUCACUGAUGAUUCAAUGUUCAAAAGCACGAGUGUGCACUGGCAUGGAAUCUAUCAGAACGGGACUAACUAUGCGGAUGGCGUUGUAUCCGUUACUCAAUGCCCCAUUGCGCAAAACGAGUCGUUUUUGUACUCCUUCGAGGCCCAGAACCAGACGGGAACCUAUUGGUAUCAUAGCCACUACUCGACACAAUAUUGCGAUGGCUUGCGCGGGGCUUUGAUUAUCUACGAUCCCGAAGACCCUCUAUCUCACCUAUACGACAUUGACGAUGAGACCACCGUGAUCACCCUUGCUGACUGGUACCAUGAGGUUGCCCCUGUAUUGAGCCAUUUUGUCACUGUCAAUGGUAAUUCAACACUCAUCAACGGUCUCGGUCGAUACCAAGGGGGCCCCACUGACACCGAACUUGCGGUGGUCAACGUUGAGUACGGCAAAAGAUACCGUCUACGCAUCAUAGGAAUGUCUUGCGACCCCAAUUUUAUUUUCUCUAUCGAUGGCCAUGACCUGACAGUCAUUGAAGCGGAUGGUCAGCUGACGGAGCCCCUUCUCGUGGACUCGCUUCAGAUCCUUGCUGGACAACGAUACUCUGUUGUGCUUAACGCGAAUAAGCCAGUCGGCAAUUAUUGGAUACGAGCGCUCCCAAAUACCGGGGGCUCGACCUUCGACGGUGGCCAGAACAUGGCCAUCUUGCGAUACCAGGGUGCGCCCGUCGCAGAGCCGACGACGACCCAAGGCACAAGUACCAUACCGCUUCUCGAGACCAACUUGCAUGCGCUCAUCAAUCCCGGUGCACCUGGUAUUCCGGGAUACGGAAAUGCAGAUAUCAAUUUGAUGAUGUAUGUCAGCAAAACAAAUGGAAUAUUUUACACCAACGGCGUUGCAUUCGAGCCUCCCUCAGUGCCCGUGCUGCUCCAAAUCCUCAGUGGCGCACAAGAUGCAACCGAUAUCCUUCCAAACGGAACCGUCUACGUUUUAGAGCCUAACAAGGUCGUCGAACUGACGAUGAUAAAUGGUGAACUCCACGGUCCCCAUCCAAUUCAUCUUCACGGUCAUAGCUUUGAUGUCGUUCAGAGCGCCGGUAACAGCUCUUUCAACUACGUCAAUCCCGUGCGCAGGGAUGUAGUAUCCGUCGGGACUCAAGACCAGCAGAUGGUGAUUAGGUGGGUCACAGAUAAUUCCGGUCCGUGGUUCCUGCAUUGCCACAUCGACUGGCAUCUCGAGGAUGGUUUCGCUGUAGUUAUGGCUGAAAGUCCUUCGGAGACCAAAAAACAUCAGCAAAGUCUUCCCAACGCAUGGAAAAAACUUUGCCCGACAUUCGACUCGUUAACCCCAUCCCAGAUUGGAGCAGAAAAUUCAUAUCAGGAAGCAGAAAAUCUCGCCGUCGCCUGGGAGCAAAAUAUCACAACAGCGUUAUUUCCCUCAUAGCGUACAAAUACUAUCGCAAUCAGGUUCGAAGAUAUUCCCGCCCACAUCCACGAUCCCUUCUCAAAAUGCCUUUCGUCCAUUCUAU